GUGCGAGUACGUGUGUGACACUGUCCCUCCCCUGCAUUCAUGUCGAUCGACGUUGAUGUAUGUGGCUGGCUGACGCACGUCAACUCGCUAGCUAUGCAGGCAUACAGACAGACAGACAUUGUCAUGCACCACACCAUACACGUGCAACACGCACGACUGACUGAACAUGCACACAAAUAUUGCAUGCACACACACAUAUAUACACAGACACAUACACAUGCAGCUGACUGACGGGGAGGGAUGGAAGGAACCAAGGACGCACAAAUAGCCAGCUAGACCCAGGCAAAGCAUCCACACAGACAGAUGGGAAACCACUGUCCACCCAGCUAGCUAGGUGUGAGUGAGUGAGGGAGUUACAUUACAAAAGAUGGAACGGACAUGGAAUAAACAGACAAAUGGGACCACGGUUGCAAAGACAGAGUGAGCGAGGGGAUCAGUCGUGGGGUGGACACGAGACAAUGAGACAGACAAUGUGGAGCAUCGAGGACUGGACAUCUCUUCCCAGCUACAUGUCUGCGGCGAGAACACGCCCUUGUUGAUGGAAACAUCCAUUUCUUCACUUUGACUUAAUUUGUGGCUGCCAACACACGCACUAGACACAUCGACCAUUCGGCUGCACACAGAAAAGCGGGAGGAACACCCACAGCGACAGUGACACACACACACACACACACACAGAGAGAGAGAGAGAGAGAUGGACGGAUGAGACUUUGGGAGAGACACGGGUCGGGUCAAAGUAAAAUCAGAAGACAAUGAGUAAUGGGGAGAUAGGCGGCGCCACUAUCUGUCUCUUCCUGAUAUGCCGCCACCCACCCACCGACAACUCAGCUAGUCGCACGCUUGAAACAGACACACAAGCCAGCACCAGCUGCUCUUGAGCUGGGUUCUCCCCCGAUACCCAGAGCACUCCCCUCCUCCCUCGUCGAGCCGACGGCCACCAGCUGCAGCUGCAGCAGCAGCCACCCUCACCCGGUCCGUCUGGGUCUUGGCCAGCUGCUCCAGUGCCGCCGUGCCGUUGACGAACCCAUAGCCCGUCCUGUUGUCGAAUCCUACCUGGAAACCCGGUUGGCCAGGGUCGUCCAUGUCUUGUGCCGUCUCUUGCAGCAAGGCCUUGAUCUCGGCAGGUGAGAUGUGGGGGUCGUAGUCGAUAAUAAGUGCGGCGAGGGCAGCCACGUGUGGGGCGGAGGCGGAGGUGCCGAAGAAGUCUAGACAGAAAGGAAGGACGAAGGAGAACAGAACAGCCGCCCUCACGUGGCGUGGCUGCCGUGCCGUGUGUGUGCUAUCUGCUUACUUGGGAGGCCGUCCCCCUCUCGGUCGCUGAUGUUGCUCACUCUUGGAGGAAAGAAAUUCGUGUUUGCACCGUCUUUCAGACACACACAGAAAGGGCAAGGGUGGGCCUUACGAUGAUUCCAGGUCUGUAUAUGUGUGUGUGUGUGUGUGUGUCAUGUUGUCACCUGGUCCGCACACCACGGGAGAUUCGCGAAUCUCAGGCGACUCGAGCCGUGUGCCAUUCGGAUGCCAGUAGAUGGGGAACACACCUGCAGACUCACACAGAGACACAGAGAGCAGCUGCCUUCCGCUGCCGGCAGCCUGACCAGUCACCCACCUCUGGAUGAGAAGCCAUUGACCUCUGUGGUCUUGUUGGUAAAUGCAGUCGUGUUGAGGUACUCGGCUGCACAGCACGCCGUGUUGCUCGCCGCGUAGGAAUGCCUAAGUGCGUGACACGGACAGCGACACACCUGUGUAGGUGGGUGGCUGGCUGCACGCCACGAGCUGUCGCUCUCACCCAUAUGUCGCCGGUCCGAAGAAGUCCUCAUUCUUGCGUGUGAGGCUGUUGAGGCCAAAGAGCACGACACCGAUCCAAUUGGGGUCGGGCUUCUCGGGGGGAUCGCCCCUGCAUGACGCAGACAGACAGACAGACAAAGAGGUGCGAAAGGAAAAUGCGUCCAUGUAUGGUAUGGGUGUUUGGUAGUGAGUGGUGGGUGAUGCCUUGCACUCACGGCGUGGGCGAGACGAGCUUCCCAAUGCGAAGGAAGAACUGAUCUGACGGGCCCAAGUUCUGUCACGUGAGGUGCGGCGACAGACAGGGGGCAAUCGAACCGAUAAGGCCUUUCUUCCCCUUGUGUCCUUCUGUCCUGUCCGCCUUUUGGCUUACUUUGUAUGACAUGAUCUCAAUGGGGUCGCCCAGCUUACUGCUGAUGCCGAAUUCCACGAGCGUCCUGUUCCUGCGCAGCGCAUGUCAGGUCAGCCCAGCCGGCACUCAUGUAAGCGAUCCGACCGACGGACACAAGUGUGUGCCAUUCGUGUGGUGUAUAGCUCACUCGUCAUACAGGAAGGUAUCCAUAUCGGUGAUGGCCCCAUCACCUCCUGAAACAACCACACACACACACACGCAAUACUGAAUCCUCCCUUCUCCCUGCAGCCAGCCCUCCCUCCACGACUCACCGAAGACGGUGAAGUACCCCUGAUCCCAAUUGAGGACGCUCGUCAGAGUGCGGUUGAUGGGCAGGGUGAAGGAGAAGUCGAUGUCGCCCGUCUGGUUGAACAAGUGGAACUCGUAUACGGUCUCAACUGAACGCAUACAGACACAAUGAAUGACUGCACCCGCCUAGGCGUCUGGUUGGAAUCUUACAUCCCCCAAUCGAGAUGGUAUCAUUGAUGCCGCUGGGGUGGUACGCCUCAGAUAUGCCGCUGUCGCCGUAGUUGCCGGCCGAUGAAUAGUAGGCCCUUCCAAGCCCAGUGACGUUAUCGACCGCCUGAGCGAUGAUCUGAUAGGUCGAGACACAUGUCACAACAAACCAGCCGCAUAUGGAUGGCUGAACGGUGCUGCCGUCCUCAGCUGCGUCAUGUGCUACCCACCCCAUCGACGAAGAACGGCUCUGCCCGAUAGCGCACGUCAUCAGCAAUGACCUCGCAUCCCUCAGCAGCCAACAGCAAGAUGCCUGACACGCACGCGCACAUACGUGUGAAUGCGGCCCCAUAUUGCAAGUGUGUGACACAAGGCAGGCCUACCAAGGGCGAAAUCGGCCUGGCCCCAAAAGGCUGUGUGGAAAGCGAAUUUGGGAAGCCCCGGGGCCACAUCGUACCUGCACAGCCAACAUAGGCAGAAGGGCCGGUGCUCUUUUUCUCGCCUAUGUGUGUGUUGUGUGUGUGUGUAUGUGGGCGCUUCGUGUGCGCACGCACAUGAGCUCCAUCAUUCCCUGGCCUUCAUCGCUCAUGCCCUCUACCCCCUCCUUCAGAACGGCCACAUCUUCCGGCAGGUCACCGAGCUCCCUAAGGAUUGCGGCAUUUCCUCGUACGUCAUAAGAGUCCGACAGUGCCCCAAUACCUACACCAACCAGAUCAAUCAAUCCAUUGACACCAGGUAUGGUAUCGCCGGCCGUGUGGUGCUGUGUUGCAAUCUUGCGUCGUACAAGUCAGACUGGAUCCAUCGACGUUGUAUAUCUGCCUCGCAAGGUCGGUGUCCAUCGCACGGUCCCCCUGGGAAGUGACGUUGCCCACCAGACUCACUGCAAUCAUCGGAUUCCCACCCGUCGGUAGCGUAUCUCUGGGCGGCGAGGAAGGGAUGAUGUCUGCCAUCGCUGUGCGAAUCACGCGAAUCCCAGGUAUCAUGGUUGACACGAAGGCGAUCUUGUCGAAAGGCAGCCUCGCCGAGAUCACCCUCUGGAACUGUUUGAUGCCCGUGAGCCCCAGUGAGGUGAGUUUCAAAGUGAGGCCCUUGACACCGCCCCGCUCCAGCCGCGACUCGUCGAUGGCCAUGUCCACAACAAUGCCCUCGGUAGACACCUGUGUGGCCGUGUCUUUGGCGAACUGCCGCAGCUUGGUCCCGUCGCGGAAGAGGCCGCGCCAGUGGUGGAAUGAUUGGCCGAGGGCCAGCCGCAUCGUGCCGUUGUCGGCGCUGAACGGGUCGUUCCUUGCGAGUGCCGCCGACACGCCCUGCCGUCGUAAGUCAAAGAGCCGCUGCUCGAUGUGGAGGAAGUGCAGCUGGUAGAGCAGCGUGUCGAGCUGUAUGUUGGAGGGCUUGAACAGCCGGCGGGCCGUCUCGGGGACGGAUUUGACCAGCUGCGCGUACCUGACGUCCACAGCACCUGCAACACCCACAACAAGAACAGCCAUAAAACACUAUCAGUCUGCCUGUCUGCCCUCUUCGUCCAUACUCGGCAGGUCCCGUUCUGUGUCGUCCGCGACGUCGGUGUCGUUGCCUCCGCGGGUGUUGGGCUGCUCCACCCACAGCUCCGUCUGGGAGUCUUGCGGCUCCUGCCCGUCUGAGAUCAUGAAGACCAUGGAGAGAACAAACAACGAAGGCAACACACCCGACACCAUGAGACGGCUUCUUGUACUAUUAUUUCGUCGACGUCGGGUCUCAAUUCUGGUGGAUCCCGAUUCCUGAUCGUCGUGAGUCCAGCUGUCUGAGGGGCUGCCUGCAUUUCUGCUGCCGUGCCGCCCUUCAAGCUGUCAUCACCCAU